AUGGAUCGCGUCAAGCGCUUCUUUGGACCUCCGCAGCAGCCUUACGAGCCUAUCGACGACAGGCCGCACGAAGAUGGCGACAGCGUCGAGGAGGACCUCGAAGGUGGCCCAGAAGAACAGCCGUUCUCAUGGGUUGAAUACUUCAUAUUCAUGUUAUUAGGUGUGGCGAUGCUGUGGGCAUGGAACAUGUUCCUUGCCGCUGCACCAUACUUCCAGCGACGCUUCAGAACUAGUCAGUGGAUCUUGAACCACUUCCAGGCGGCAGAAGUGUCGGUGUCGACAGUGACGAACCUCGGUUCUAUGAUCAUCUUGACAAAAUUGCAGAAGGGUGCUUCAUACCCAAAGCGAAUCAGCGCGUCACUCAUUCUAUAUACGGCCAUAUUCGCGGUGCUGGCACUGUCGACACUCGUCAAGACUGGUGCUGGCGGCUACUUCGGCUUUCUGCUCGUCACCAUGCUGCUGUCAAGUCUUGCUACGGGGCUAAUCCAGAAUGGUCUCUUCGCCUUCACUUCAGGCUAUGGAAGGACCGAAUACACACAAGCGAUCAUGACUGGGCAGGGCGUGGCUGGUGUGCUACCGCCGCUUGUACAGAUCAUUUCCGUCGCAGCAGUGCAGAACAAGAACGGAGAUGACGCUGAUGCGGCGGCAGAGUCACCGAAGUCUGCCUUCAUCUACUUCCUGACCGCCACUGCUGUCUCAGCGGUCUCGCUGAUCGCUUUCUUCUACCUGCUCAGGCGGAAGGCUCAUGCAGAUGCUCUGGCGGCCGGAAGCAAAUCCACUGUCGACGGGGCGUCGGAAGGCGACGCCCUCACCGGUCAAGACCGAUUCGGCGAGCCAGAGCAGACCGACAUCAGCGACAAGCGACAGUCCCAUUAA